CCACAGCCUGCGCGUAAAGAAAUAUCUUGUUUUGGCAGUUUGUUUCGAUAUUCACGGAUUGCCUAGACCCGACAAGAAAACGUUUUGCACUGGUCAUCCAAUACGAAGUAAAUCUCUGCGUUCAUAUUUUAAGGCGCUCAUCUGAAAUGGGUAAUACCGGUUUUCUGGAGUAGAUGGUGCUGAAUGAUCAGUGACUGCGUGUAAGGUGGAGCGGGGGGCUGGUUCAUGUCUCACAAUGGCAGAUGGAGGCAGUGAUGAUGAAGUCAUUCACCUGGCAAGCUUCAACAUCCACCGCAGCCAAGGCUCUCAGAUUCGUCCAAAGGAAUUCGUCACCAUUUCAGAUGACUCCGAUGAGGAGCCAGUGACUCUGGUACCUCGCAGUCCUGUUUUGGUUCCAGAUGAUGGAGAGGAUGAUGACAUUAGCAUAUUGGAGCCGUUAACCCCUGCACGAAGACAUGUCAUUCGGCCAGCAGCAAUGUGGAGUGGGACCUCGCAAAACCUAAUUCAAGUUGUAGGUCAAAGUAGCGUUUCCACUCAGGUUCCUGUAGGGGACCCCAGCUCUGCCCCCUCUACCUCCAGAGAUGCUAAGGCUAACGCCUUUGCACAAACACAGAUAUUGCAGCAGCCGAGUACAUCUGGACUUGCACAGCCACACCCUGGUUCUUCAGCCCGCACACUGUCUCAUCAACAAGGUGGUACAUCAACAAAAUUAAAAGCAGAGCCCCAAGGAGUUAAUUCCAGUAGGCGCUCUCAAUGUGAUGGCAGAGAUAGCAGGUCUUUGGAUGGAGCAUACCUUCAGCCUCAACCUAGCACAUCUGGACAGUCACAAGCUGGCUCUUCAGCAAGCUUAACUGUCGAGCCCCAAGUGUGUGCGUCUACCAGUGCCUCUCAUCUUUCUUGUAAUUCUGCAUUGACUGUGUCAGGUGUUAAAAACUUGCAAGAGAAGGCUAGUACAAAUACUCAUGUAGAACACAAUCCUCAGGCUAGUACAUCAUCUGCACAUCCUCAAUCACAGUCUGGCACACGGACACAACCUCAGCCUGGGACAUCUACACAGCAUCUGUCCAGUGGGACCACAAGGACCACAUCCCCUAUUAUUCAGGUGAAAAAGGUACAAGUAGUUGUUCUUCCCCAACAACCAAGCAUCCAAGCUUCUGCACUAAUAACCCAGUUGCAGACCAGGCCUCUUAACCUGUUCCAAUCUGUAUUUGGCAAUCAAACCCAGGGCAACCUCAUCCAAAUUGAGCCCCAGCCUGUCGCUCAGGCCCCAGCCCAGGCUUCAACCCAGGCCCCUCAGACUGCACAAGUGACACCAGCAAUUACCCCUGCAGUGCUAAUAGCUGCAGCUCCAGAGAGACUGGGACCUCCCGAGGCAGGACACCGGAUCAUUCUGGGGAGUCAAGCACCUGUGGAGGCCAUUCCCAACCAUCAGCCACAAGCUGGAAACACUCGUGGAGUUCCUCCAGCCAGGAGCCUCAAUGUCAGUUUGCCUAAUGCAAACACAAAUUCUCAUCCUGCGCCAGCCACCUCAGCUUCUGGCCCCCAAAAUCAAGUACAGGGGGCUGUAGCCACAGCUCCAGCAGCAACACUAAAUUUGGAAAAUGCAGCCCCUCGCAUGGUUGCAGUGCCUCCAGUCCCAGAAGACAUUCCCCAAAUAGAAGAUGCAAGACCUGGACCCUCUGCACCGCGCGACAGACCCGAGCAGAACCUGCACAUCAGAGCCCUCAUUGCUGGAGUUCUGGAUCUCCUACCAGAUGUCCAAGAAGCAUAUGUAGCAGAACUGAUCCAAAAGAAUAAUGUGAAAGACUUGAAUGUUAUCUGUAAUCUGGUGUUGGAAACCCUGGACUACUCAAAAAGGGAGGCUGCUUUAAGUUCAGCAGCUCCCACCAGCGUCCUGCUGGAGUCAGCAGACUCUCAAACAGAGGUGUCCGAGGACUUGUUUGACUUUGCCAAGCUGGAGACUGUGGGACCAAUGGCUGUAGUGCAGGCUGCCGACUUGCUCAUGGCAGAUUUCAAGAUGCUCAGCGUUCAGGAUAUCAAAUGGGCCCUUAACGCCCUCAAGGGACACUAUGCAAUCACACGAAAGGCCUUAUGUGAAGCUCUGAAAAAAUGGCAAGUUUCAGGUGACCCCUCAGGAAAGAGACGACGAAACAGAGUCUCCUCUGAGCGCCCCUACAUUGAUUUCCAUUUUGAGCACGGCUCAGUGAAGUUUGAAAAGAGGAUGUAUUUUUUGGAGAAUGAUCGUCGCUAUUGCAGAACAUACAGCAAUCUGGAACCUUCUCUGCAGAAGGAACUUUCCUUUUAUCAGCAGAAAGCAAAGGAAUGGGCAGAGCAUGAGGACUUUCUUCUGGCGCUGCAGGUCAAUGAGGAUGAAUACAAGAAGGACGGUCAGCUGAUUGAGUGCGGCUGCUGCUUUGGGGAGUUUGCAUUUGAGAAGAUGACGCAGUGUUCAGACGGUCACCUCUUCUGUAAAGAGUGCCUGGUCAAAUAUGCUCAAGAAGCAGUAUUUGGUUCUGGACAGUCGGAGCUGAGCUGCAUGGAAGGGGGCUGCCUGUGCUCCUACCCGGUGUGCGAGCUGGAGAAGGUUCUACCAGAGAACAUUCUGUGUAAAUAUUACGAGCGGCAGGCAGAGGAGGCUGUUGCUGCCACCUGUGCAGACGAACUAGUCCGGUGUCCCUUUUGCAACUUUCCAGCCUUGUUGGACAAGGAGAUGUCCCUAUUCAGCUGUCCCAACCCCCGGUGCCGCAAGGAAAGCUGCAGAAAGUGUCACGUCCAAUGGAAGCAGCAUGCGGGGAAGACGUGUGAGCAGGUCCUGGAGAGGGAUGAGAUCCGCAUGAGAGUGCUCUUUGAGGAGCGUAUGACAGCGGCGCGGGUCAGGAAGUGCGUGAAGUGUGGCACAGGCCUGGUCAAGUCGGAGGGCUGCAACCGGAUGUCGUGCCGCUGCGGUGGCUUCAUGUGCUACCUCUGUCGCGAGCCCAUCACCGGCUACAACCACUUCUGCCAGCACGCCCGCUCGCCCGGCGCCCCCUGCCGACAGUGCCGCAAGUGUUCCCUCUGGACCGACCCCACGCAAGAUGAUGAGCGACUCAUUCAGGACAUCCAGAAGGAAGGAGAGGCAGAGCUGAAUAAGAAGUGUGCAGAACAAUCAGAGAAGCGGAUUGGGCCGCCACCGGAGCCCAUCAUCGACGGCAAACGACUGCGGCUGGGUCCACCUGCUGAAAACCUGCCCAACCCAGUCCCAGCGAUGCCUCAUCAUAUUCAGGCGGUACAAGCCCCCCUGUUUGUUCCUCCGCGUGGCCGAUACCCUCAGCCUCUGCCCCAGGGUCGCAUGUUCCAGGUGAUCAUGCCCCGGAUGCCCCCGGCACCCUACGUUCCCCCGUUUCAGCAUAUGCCCCCUUUGAACAAUAACAAUAACAACAAUCCCCUCCCAAACCAUCACCACCACCAGAAUCACAACCACCCACACCAAAACCACCACCAUAACCAUCAUCACCAGGACAUGCACAUGAUGGACAUGCCCAUGCACUAUGGACCGCCGCACCAUGGGCCGCCGCACCACUACUAUAGACGUGUCUAACACGAAGUGAUGCGGCCGUUCUCUCGAUCCACCAGCUCAGAUGUGCUCACAAAUGUCUUUUUGUUUAUUUUGCUUUUGGGGGAUGGUAGUUAAGAUCUGAUGGUACAGAUUUUGUCUUUGUUCCCUUUUCAAAGUUCAUGUGCUCAUACAGAUUUAAAACCUGCAGCUGAACACAUCACUGAUCAUGACGAUCAGUGACUUCACCUGGCGCUCACCUGGACCUUGGACUUCUGCGGUUAUCUGGAUUUUCUCUGAAUUUCAGAUUUAUUUUGUUCAUAUUUUUCUCAUUCAGUAACAAUGUUGAUCUCUAUUAUUGAUUUCUUGAGAUGAUUUAUUUCCAGUUUAUAUUGAUUGCUGAUAUUUUUGAAAUCUUACUAAACAAAAAUAAGAAAAAAAGGAAUUCCUUUCUUUAUGAGAUAUAAGAGGCCACAAGAUUUUCUAAUAAAGAUUUGUUCAAAUUGU